GAAAUGAUGUUGAAAACUAUGGAAAUUGUUAACUCUCGUCUGUUCAAGAUCAGGCGCGCGCCAGCGCGUCAAUUCACGUCACGUGAACGUAAUGCGGGAAGUCGAGGAGAACUCGUCGGGAAACACCGAUGACGUCUUCUCGAAAUCACGUAUUUCCAAAUAGAAAAUAUACGAAAUGUAGAUCGCGGCGAGUGUACCUGCAGACCGAGGAUGCGGAAAUGCAAAGCGUCUCAUGAAUAUUAUGAAUAUCAUUAACACGCGACGCAUAUUUUGCAAAAAGGCUUCGUUUUUGCUUGAUUGUAGCGAUUAAAGCGGGAGGCAAUCAAGGACAGACGCGACGACGCGUUUGUAUAUUUAUAGCGGCGAAUCCGUGAAUGCCUUCCUGGAUCAUUGCCAUUCUCCCUUCCACUCCAUUUUGCCGGAAGAAAACCUUGAAGCGCGCUUCGAAAUCGCGGCCAGCACCUAGCUAGCGCACGCGACAGUCGUAAACUAAUGCUUGUCCGAGUCUCUUCCGUUUUCUCUAUAUUACUGAUAAAAUAUUCGUAAUGUCACCAAGUAGAAGCAAGGUGCGGCGAUUAAAUGUGUACCUUGCUGAAAAAUCACUCGGUUCCGUUAAUUCCCUCUUUCAGGAAAAACUAUCUUAAUGAUCAAGAUUACAUACGUUUUAACGAGAAACAACUUGGUCAAUCCUUCCCAUAAUUAAUUCUACAGCAAGAUUUCAAGAAGAGAUAGGGAGAAUUCGCGGCGAGUCGUUAAUAGCUCGUCGGACCGAGCGUGCGUAGCUUUAAUUACGGUAGCGAUCGUAUGUUUUCCCACAACGCGACACGAAACGAGGAACCCAUUGGGGAAACCACGCGGCCGUGAUAUAUUCCCGGUAUAAACGUUGUAGCGGCGAUCGUGACGCGAUGAAUCAGUUGCGGCAGCGAGACUAGUGAAUCCGCGGACGUCGUGCCACUCGGACAGUCCGCAUCGUGAGUCCCUCGUUCGUUCCGUCGAGACCAAGAGGACACCCGCGGUAUUUUUUAUUACGGCCAGUGAUCUUUUCAACUGGUGUCUCUUACGGUUCGCCAAUAUGAACGAAACAAAGAAGGCCAAGAAUGAUGAGAUACUGUAUCUGGACGAGGUCCACGACGAGGUGUCGAGACCCCUGACGUCCACCGACUCGGAGACAGUGGUUCCGUCCAUUGGUCUGCGCGCCGGCUUUGUCUCGGAAACCGACGGAGAUUCUGCGAGCAAUUCGCGAUCCCGGAGACCGUCGUUCACCGAAACGGAGAUCGGCGAGCGUGACAAGAAACUGGCGCCGCCGAUCGGUUUCGACAACAGAAACGGUCUGGAACUUCCCCCGGAAUCGCAAUCCGGCUGGGGCAGCACCAUCUUCCCGUCGCCUGCAGCACCCGUCGUCACCCCUGACGUGAACGUCUAUCAGCACAAGAAAACUCUGGCCCAGGGUAUGAUGGAUUUGGCACUGUUGUCCGCAAACGCGAAUCAGAUGCGCUACGUUCUCCAGACGGAUGGUCGGCACCCGUACUUUUAUCCGUCGCUCAUCAUGAUCGGCAUGAGCUUGUUUCUGCAGAUCGCCGUGGGUAUUGGUCUUAUAUGGAACAGUGUCUACAACGUCAAGGAGCACGAGCAAAUGUGUAAGGCCAACAAGGCCAAUAACUGGACGGUCAUCGGCAUCUUCCUCGUCACGAUUUUCAAUGUUUUCAUCUCGUCGUUUGGUGUUGUCGAUCAGACAAUCACAACAUAACAGUUUUUUUAUCUCUCUCUCUCUCUCUUUCUUAUGCGCAAUCGUUGUACGCAAAGUGAAAGGCCAGAUAAAAUAUCCCUGUUGUUUUUAAAGUGAUACGAGCAAGUUUACUUUAGAUUACAUACAGGAGAAUGUGCUUUCCUGUACUAUUAUUACUUAAUGCAUAUUAAUUAUCAGAUGUAUUCGAUGGCGAAAACAUUUUUUAAUUUUACUUUUAGAACUUCUCGUCACAGUCAUAUUGAUUUAUAUCAAAAGUGAAAAUCGACACAAAUUUCCUUUCUUCAUACGAUUGCUUCUUUAAAUAUUUUCUCAUCAUUAGCAUAAAAAAACGACGAGGAUAUUUUAGAAUCUGACGUUAAGUGGCUCAUUCUACACACACCACUCAUUCACAUUAUUGUAAACUACGUUGACUCAUUCGUGUAAAACUCAUUUCUUUCAGACACAUAAAUAAUUUAUAGUAAUAAAUAGU